AUGCUCGCGAGCGACGGUGAGCCGAAGGAGCUCGGAGAGAUCGGCAGGGCAGAGACGUUUCACCUAGAGCAAGCAGGGCGGCUCGCCCCCAAGCCCACUCGCCAGCCGGGGCCACCACCAUGCCUUGCGGCCACAGCAUUCGGUACUGAAGGCACGACUCCGUCGCGUGGUAACUCCGGGCUGGGCUCAAAGUUCAGUUCGACGGCGGACACUGGCAUGCUGUAG